UGUGCGUGAGAGGGCCAUGGAGCAGAUCUGGAAGCUUUAUGGUUUCUGUCAGGAGCCAUUUGGAAAACACCUCCAACCUUCUCAGAGAACAGACAUCGUCCUCAUGGCCCUUGAAAAGACCACUGAAGACUGCGCUGUUGAGGACGAUGAGUGGUCCGAAAUUAUACUGGAUAUGGUUCUGAGUCAGCCUAGCAGCUGGCUGAUGGAUGUGCCGGUGAUUAUGAGCUUCAUCCACAGACACAUGAAAAGCAGCAGCACAUCAGUUCAACAGACACUCUUCUCAGUGCUGGAAAUACUGGCCUACCAGUUUCCCAGGGAUGUGCUGAUGAGUGUGUUGAUCUACCUUCCACCGAAUGACAGCACUCUGCGUAUCUGGAAGAACAUGAUUUACUGCCCAAAGUCAUCAGAGAACGUUUUAGAUGUGCUGUGCACUGUGCUCAUGGAGGAAGAAAUCUGCGGGAUUCCCACAGGAGACUUGGGCCUCCUUCGCCUGACUGUGCCCGAGAUUCUUCAGUCCAUCCAUAGAAACCUGAAAAGAAGGCUUGCGUCACUUCAGCAGACUCUCUUCUCAUUGCUGAAUAUGCUGACCAACCUUUUUCCCAGAGAUCUGCUGACGGCUGUGUUGCUCCAUCUUCCACAGAAUGACAGCACUACUCUGGACAUCUGGAAGAGAGUGCUAGCUCCAACAGUGACUUCAGGAAUGCACUUGCAAGAACUGUGCCGUGUUUUUCAGGACCAACAGCUGUGCAUGAUCUUUAGCAUCACCGCAGUGGAUUUUGGCCUACUUUGCAUGGCUGUGAUGUGCCCCACUGAAGAGAUCCUGCAAGAGUUAUGUAACCCAGACCUCUUCCAGAUGUUUCUGAAGAUUGAAAGCUUGCCACUACUCUGGCUGGUGCUCAGAGGCCUUGUGCUUCUGUCAGAGAGACCUGAGACGGCAAGAGAAAUACAGGCCCUGCUGCCAGACAUCAUGGAGACCCUGCAGUUUGGCAAUGCGCACGUCACUCUUAAUGCGCUGACUAUCUUCAAAAACAUCAUGAAUCAUCUGGGGAAGAUGGAGGCGCGUCCCAUUGCUCUGGAGCUGGCUGGCAAGCUCCUGUAUCUAUUUAAUCAUGUGUCAGGUGAAGUACGAGAGUCUUCCAUCCUCCUCUUCGAAGAUGUGAUAGAGGCUGUGGUGUGGUGGCAAAAGGGAGAAAUGAAGAGGAAAGUACGCAGGGGCCUGCUUCCUUUGUUCUUUCGGAGCAGUGAUGAGAUCUCGAGUGUUGCACAGGCUGCCAGGGAAGCCCUUACCGCUUGUGCAAGGUUCCUGAAGUGGCAGGAGCUCGAGCAUCAGGCCGAGAAGAGGGAUGUGCUGGGGAGUGCUUGUCCUCCAUUUUUUGGAACAUGA